AUGAAGCAAACGUUAGAGAGCGUGUUGGGUAAUUUGCUCGACGACGGAGACGUCCAGGAGAAGACGUCGUGCGACAUAGAGAAGUUCAUGCACGCGGACAUGAGUUCUCCGAAGGAGGGUUUGAGUCGGCCUGAUGGUGAAGAGAACUCGGAGGGGUAUGAUGUCUUCCUUCAAAGGUAUUUCAAGACAAGUGACGACGACAAACCACCCCAACCACAAAACAUUUCACUCGCGACACCCUCCAAAAGAUUCCACCAACAAUUCAAAGAAGACUAUUUGACACUGUCACAAGACCAAUCGGGCAGUAGGGUUGUCCAACACAAAAUAGAAACUUCAACAUCUGACAGAGAUGCUAUCUUCGAUGGUAUUGAAGCCGAGGCUGUUCACUUGUCUAAAGAUGUCUUUGCCAAUUAUGUCAUCCAGAAACUCUUUGAAUUUGGGACGGUCUGGCAAAAGAGCCAACUGACUAAGCGCUUAACUGGCUGUUUUGUCGAGUUAUCACUGCAUAUGUACGGCUGUCGAGUUGUCCAGAAAGCAAUUGAAUUUGUCGACGAUAUCGACAAGCGGACGAUCUUUAAUGAAAUCGAAGAGAAUAUAGUAGCCUGCAUUCAAGAUCAGAACGGCAACCAUGUCAUUCAAAAGUGUGUGGAGAAGGGGGAUACCCGUAUCAUCGACGCGAUUAUUUCCGCGUUUCAAGGUCGUGUCUUGGCGUUUUCUCAACACCCAUACGGGUGUCGAGUCAUUCAAAGAAUUCUCGAGAAGAUCCCAACAGAGAAGAGUUACCCUUUACUCCAAGAGAUCCUUCCAAAUACUUUAGAGUUGUCCAAAGACCAAUACGGCAACUAUGUAAUCCAAUACAUUGUAGAGAGAUGUCCGACGGAGAGGACAAAAAUCCGUAGAGCUCUUCAAGGCAGUAUUGCCGAGCUAUCGAUGCAGAAGUAUAGCUCUAAUGUGAUCGAGAAGUGCUUCAUGUGUGCGAACGCUAAAGGACGACAGGAGAUGCUCAAAGAGAUCUAUGGGACCAAACGGGAAGGAACACCAUUACUUAUGAUGAUGAGGGACCAAUAUGCGAACUACGUCGUCCAGAAAAUCAUCGAGAAUGUCUCCGACACCGAACGAGAGUUCAUGGUCAACAACGUCGUCCUCCCACAAAUUUCGUCGCUCAGAAAAGUUCCGUACGCUAAGCACAUUUUGGUCUUGUUGCAGAACUACGGUGUUGAUGUGUAA